AUAUAUAUAUAUAUAUAAUAUAUAUAUAUAUACGUGUGUAUGCAUGUAUACACACUCACACAUUUAUCUAUGUAAAAAAAGGAAUUAAUGAGGAAGGAUAAUGUUCAGAUCUAACAAACAUCUUGAAUCACGGAAGUAAGAAACCUAAAAUACUAUGCACACGCCAUCUUCGGGUACUAAAUUUUUAAAUGAAUGAAUAUACCACACCUCUGCUUCGGACUGACACUUUUACCGGAUGUCAGACCUCAUUGCAAAUAUUACAGAAAUAUUCCGUAUGGAAGACUUUUUGCUACCGCUGUAAUUGAAUUGAUUGCAAGCUGGGACUGAUACAUGGCUCAGAUCAUCCGACACAUGUAAGUGAAUUAUAAAGGAAGUCAUAUAUCAUGAGUAGAAACAAUGACGGAAGUAUACAGACACAAGUCAGACUGACGAUAUAUGUUGUGGUUAAGUUUGAUUAAUGGAAGAAUUAAUCAAUUUCAAAAAGAAUUCGUUGCGACAUUUGUUUUUAUUCGCCACAUUUUUCGAAGGUUGUUGUUGUAAUCAUGAGGCUCAACACGAUGAUGAUGUCCGGCAUACAAUGUUACUACGUAGGUAAGACAACCCUACUUGAUCGACAAGAAUAUUCGGAUCUAUUCCCAUUGCUGAUAUAGUGUGACAUACAGAAAGAAAAUUAACUCAGCACUUAUAUACUUAUAUAUAUAUAUAUAUAUAUAUAUAUAUAUAUAUAUAUAUAUAUAUAUAUAUAUAUGUAUGUAUGUAUAUAUCUGCGAAAAAAACAUGGUUUCAAACACACCCAUAUCUUUCUGUUUACCCUCCUCUGCUCAUUUCAUUAAAUCAUUAUCCCUUACUAUGAUAUCUAAUAUAUUUUCUUAGUGAAAACAUCGCACUUACUCCAAUGCUUUUUUCUUUCAUAUAUUUUACUUCAUUUUAUCAGAGUUUUUCUGAUUAUUUUAUACCAUUAAUAUGGUUUAUUUCAUAUUUUAUGAAAAAACUGCAUACAAUAAGAUGAAAAUAAAACAUAUACCCGCCCGAUAUUUGGAAGUAUCAAUCAACUUUAAACAGCAAAGUAGAUUAUUUUCCUCAUAAACACAAUAUCGAUUCUCUGAAAACUGAAUGUUUCAGAAAUGUUAUCACACAAAUAUUUAAUAUGCAAUUAAAUUUUUAGAACAUACCGAACCCCGACCUUAUAUACUCAAAAGUAUACAAAUCAGAAACCAUACAGUGGUUUACGUUAAAAUAACAAGUAAUAAGCGAAAAAACUGAUAAAUUCAUGAUAAAUUCAUGCUUUGCAAUUAAUAAUUAGGGCUUGAUUAUUUUUCAUCCUCCCAUUCACUAUCGUGGUUAUUUAAUAUUAUUAUUAUUAUUAUUAUUAUUAUUAUUAUUAUUAUUAUUAUUAUUAGUAUUAUUAUUAUUAUUAUUAUUAUUAUUAUUAUCAAAGCUGCCCACUGUCAUCCCGCUGCAAAAUGUAGCGAAAAAUCAUCAAUACAUGUAUGUAUAUAUACAUAUAUGAAAUUUCAUAUUUAUGAUAUGCAUAAUAUGUAUAUAUACUGUCAAUGAAGUUACAUAUAACACACACACACACACACCACAGAAUAAAUAUAACUAUAAUAUCGCAGUCCUCUACACCAAAAAUCUCUCCCACUCACUUUCCUGUUUUCUCCUUAUCUAGUCCUGUAUUUACACAUCACUCUCUCGUCUGUAUAUAACCUAACCUACAAUCUCCCCUCCAUCCUUUCUUUCCCCACCGUCAAUCAUUUCCUCUUUGUUGCUUAAAUUGUGUAUAGUGCAUGUCGUUGCAGGCGGCAGCGACAGAAAACACUGGAAAAAGAGAUAGUGUAUCAUUAUUAUCAUUAUCACCACACUUUCUUGUAACAGCAUCAUCGUCAUCAACAUUAACGUCGUCAUCAAAGUUAAUGCUAUCACCACAAUAAUCAUCAUCAUCAUCAUCUUCACCCUUAGCAUUAACUUCAUCUUCCUCUACCUCCUCAUAAUCAGCCAUCAGCACAACUGUCACAACUAUCACAAACGAUUCCAGGGAAUGUUACUACUAUAAACACGACAACAACAAUUGAUAAUAUUAUUGCAAUGAUGUUACCAUUAUUACUAAGACGGUUACGUCUACUUUUACCACACCUUCCUUGAAACUUUUCUCCAAAUACGAACAUUUGAGAGACAGAGGGCGAAUAUAAAGAGUGGUAGUCAGAGGGUGAGAAAGACAGACAAAAUAAAGGGGGAAAAGGAGUAAAAAAAAGACACAAUAAAAUCAUUGUGCUAUACAAUAAUGUUGACCAGAUUCGCAAACGGACACCAUCAUGUCACAUGUGCAAAAGUGGCAUCGUUAAUACAAAUGGUUUUAAUUGGAUUUUCAUCAGUAAUUGGUGUUAUUAUGCCGAGCAUCAUGUCGACACAAAUACCGAGAUUUCUUCCGACCCCAACCAAUGUCACAUACAGACGAGGACAAUUAGCAACGUUGCGGUGUUCCGUAGAUAAAUUGGGAACAAAAUUUGUUGUGUGGCGGAAGGCGAGUGACCCGAACCCUCUAACCGUCGGGAGAGAAAAAUUCGCUGAUGAUCCGUAUAUAGGGGUCAGUCAUCAGGCAACUAACUGGAACCUAAUCAUAAAAAAUGUGCAACCACGGCAUGCCGGUGUGUACGAAUGUCAAGUCUCUUCUGUCCAUCAGCUAAUACGACAUAUCAUGUUACGAGUUGUAGAUAACACAGUAAAAAAGAACGGUUUUCUCACGAUAUCGGGAAGCAGUUCUGUCACACGAGGUUCUGCCAUUUCUUUGAUGUGUAACUCAUCAGGAGGUGACAGCCGGUCUCGUGAUAUUAACUGGUAUAAAGAAGGAACUAAGAUAUAUUCGAAUCGAGACAAUCGAAUUUUGACGACUAAAUACACAUCGGCAGAUAAAGUUACAGUCAGUUCUUUAAGAAUUGAAAACAGUCGGUUAGAGGAUGGAGGUGUGUACGUCUGCCGUACGCCCAACAAAGCGUCCAUUACUAUUGAUGUUAAGGUACAUAAUAGUUCGGGAACCACUGUGAAUGGAACUUUCGUUAAAAGAGAAGAACACAAAGCCGGCUCUGAGCAGGCUUACAGGGGUGAUAAUAAUCUUUUUGAGUCGUCUGCUGAUAAUGCAAAUGAUAUUCAAAUUCCUGGAAUAGAACCAACACAAACGACCAACGGACAAAUAUCUAACUCACAGUUCACGCCACAGUUGCCUUGUUUCCUUCUACUAUUUUACUUACUUAUAUAUUCAACAGAACAUCUGUAGCAACGGACAAGAGUGCGUGAGCAAAUAUGGUGGCCUUUUUGAUUAAUAUUAUCAGAUUUGGUCUGAAGAUCAAAUUUCAGCCAGACUGCUUAACUUGCAGGGGGAAUUCCACAAGCAGGAGGACCUGGCAGAUGGUUUGAUACAAUGAUGGAAGUCCGCUUGAGCCGUAAAUCAAGUCUUAAGUCAUUAGAAACUUUGACUGGGCUGAAAUGAAUCCAGUCAAAGAUCAUUUGAUCCGUUAAGAAGUUGUCGCUUCGAUACGACCAGAAUGUUAACGCUAAGACUGACAGCAAAAGAACGAAAAUGUAACACACACAUAACAUUUAUGUAAGCGUAGAUAUAUGCAUAUAUAUAUAUAUAUGCAUAUAUAUAUAUACAUUUACACACAUAUACAUAUAUAUAU